AUGUAAAGGAAACAAGCAUUAAUUUUAUAGAAAAAUAAUUAAAAAUUAUCUCAACUACUUUAAAAGAAAGUAAAUGAAGAUAGAAAUGAAGAAAAUUAAAUUACUCCAUUUAAUAAAUUAGGUAAAUUCACAAUUGAAGGAUGGUUAGACUGUUAAAAUUUAAAUCAGUAGAUUUAGUUAAAAUAUUGUGAAUUGAACAUUAAAUAAAAUGAGUCGAAUAAAAUAUAUCUAUACAGUUAAAAUAGAGAAGUAUUUAAAUUAACAAUAAGUUUUAGAUUGGUAGGUUUCAAUAUAAAGGAGAAAAGAUUUUCUAUUAUCUUCUUUAUGAAAAAUAUAUAGAAAUUCUUGUUGGAGUAAAUGAAGAAAUCUAAAAAUGUGCAACUAAUAAAGAAUUUAGUGUAGUUCAAAUAUCAAUUGAAAUAAACUUAUUUGCCAAUCCAUUCCUUUUCAAUCAAGAUAAUACUUUAUCUGAAUAAAAUAAAAUGAAAUUCAUUUUUGCUUUAUUGAAACUUCAAGAAUUCCUUAAAGAAUCCUUUUUAUUCAAUUUAUAUCCAAUUGAAAAACAACUUUAAUUUUCAGGUCCAUGUUACUCAUCAAAUAUAAUUUUGGAAUGGAUGAUUGAAAGAGAAACAGGAUUGAGUUCAAUAUCAAAUCAAAAAUUUAGAGGAGGGGUGUUUUUCUAACUUAAAUAGGGUUAUAUUUUCGAUAGAUUUUAUGAUUUAAUCAAUUAUAAGGCAAGACGCUAAGCACGAAAAAGUUAAACAUUAAUAAUCACAUUUGAUCAAUUCGUUGCAGAAGAGAGGAAAUAAGAAAUUCAAAUAAAAUAUCCAAGCCUUAGUGUUUGUUCUAUUAUUAAUUAGGAAAUCAAUUUAAAUUAACUUCUAAUAUUUGAUAUUGUAGUAGUUUCAAUUGAUGAGAUCAUGAAAUAAUAUGAAAAUUAUAGGAUAUAUUCUUUAAAUACUUUUUACUCGUUUAGAUGGAAAAGGAUUAUUGUUGAUCUUAGUAUUUUGAAGUCUCAAUUAAUUUACAAUUUAUAUUUUAUUAAUCUUUUAAAUACAAAAUACAAAUGGAUAUUUUUAUAAAAUAUUGAUGAAUAGGUUAAAAGGAUAACUAUCAACUUUAUUUUGGAAUUCUUUACAUUAGAGAAGAAAUCCUUUGAAAAAUAUUUUUCAAUAGAGAAUUAGCCUUAAUAAUAAAAGAGAAGUCUUUUAAAUAUUGCUUAAUAAGAAUAAAUUUCAUAAUCUUCAAGAACAGUAGAAACCUAAAUAAUUUUGGUUGAUUUCAACUAUGAAGAAUAAUUAUAAUAUAAUUCUUAGAAGUAUAAGAAUUUAGAAAAUUAUAAUUUAGAAGAUUAUGUUCAGCAAUUCAAUUCAUUAAGAUACUUAUGUUCAUUUUUCGAAUAGAAUUAUGAAUAAAAGUUUUGUAGUUUUUGUUUCAUCCCAUUAGAAAAUAUUUAUAUGAAUUAAGUAUGUUCACAUGUAUUUUGUUUAUAAUGUUUGAAAUAUGCAUGCCUUUUGUGUAAUUAGAAAAUAACUAUUAGUAAAAUUAAUAAAAUCAGAUAGUAAAAUACUAUCAAUUCUCAAACAGUAAGAAAUAAAUGGAUGAAAUUAAUUUAAUUAAUAUAAAAUUUAAAGGGCAAGAUAGUGAUUUUUACUUAAUAUCCUAAUAAAUUACAAUAACAAUUUUUUAACUCUUCAAUGGAUUUAUCUAAUGUUAAAGUAAAAAUAACAAUUUUAAUAUUUUUAGAAUUUAUCAUUUGAUUAAGGUAUCGAAAGCACAACUUAGUAAAUUGGUGAAUUUGAUGAAAGUGAAAAACAAACAAUUUUAAUUCUGAAUCCUCAAUUGAUUUGGGGAUAAUUAAUAAUUAUUAAAUCAGCUAACUAUUUAAUAUAUUAUGAUCAAAUUUGGUAUUCUUUAUAUAAUAUUUCUUAUUAGGAAUAAUAUCUACUAAGAAGAUAUAAUAAUGAAGAGGGUCUAAAAUAUUAAGGCAAUAUUUAAGAUGAUUGUUAAGGAAAGUGUGGAGGAACAUAUAAUCUUUCUUUAACAUUUGUAAAGUAGAAAGGGAGGUAGAGAAGGUGUUCUCGAAAAUUAUCAUUUUAUUAAAACAAUACUUUAAUAUUAAUAACAAUGA